GAACCCUAGAGUAUGAAAGGUGUACUUGAUUAAGAAAUCCGGGUUUUCAGCCAUUGGAAACACCAUUUGAUGCCAACAGAUCUGAUUAUAUGGGUAUUCCAACACAAAAUCUUACAUCACAUCACUUAGAAUAACAGAGCACUCUUAUUAUUUCCAUCAGAGAUUCAGAGUAAUUGCUGAUCAUUUUAUGUAUCAAAGCCAGAGUAGACGCCACUUUCUCUCAACAACCUCUUCUCUUCCUCGACAUAAUUCUUUCCCCUGCUAGCCUGGCCAAGUUCUCGUUUCCUCUUCUCCUUCUGCGAGAAUGAAAGCUGAUUCUUCUCCUCCUUCUCUUUCCGGGUCUGUGAAUGCACCAGCUGCUCCCCAGCCACUAGAGCUGCCCUUGUUUUCUGCCGCUCAUCAUACGACUCUCCAUUCUCGACCUUGGUGGCAGCAAGGCGUUCUUUACCUGUAGACCAGGUCCAGUUGGGCUCUGUGUCGUCUUUAGGGGGUGGCAUUCUCAGAAGUGAGGGGCCACCUUUGUAUCCAUGUCGCCUCAGUUCUUCAAACUCCACAGCUCCACGCCUCCGCCUUGCAGACUUGCCUAGAAACAACAACAUCAAACGAAGAUGAGCCAUGACAAUAAGGCAACUUUCCAAGGGUAUCAUACCUAAAGUUGUUUCAGCCUAAACAAACACCAGCUAGAUGAUAACACGAGAAAUACCGAUCAAGGGACUAGUCCACAAAAUCCAACAUCCAAACAUCAAAUUUGAAACCAUAAGUAUCACAAUCGAUCAAGUUUUAAUUUCAGUAUCUAACGACCUGUCGACCUCUUAAAGUGCAAUCUGGUUUGCAAUUAAAAGCAAAUUUCCUCGUCUUUUCUCAAGCAACUAUGGGUCGGGGAAGACAAUAAACAAAUGAGUUGCAAACCAGCAGAAUCGUGUAUUAAGCUCUUCCAGCAAAGCUGUCACUUGCACUGAAUCUGGGUUUCAAAUUGACAACUAGAGGGCUAAGUCAAAACCACGAAGCUUCUUCCCAUACCGAAUCCAGGAUUGCUUCCGUGAAGUUGAAGUAACAGUUGUACCAAAAGGUAAAAAAGUUCAAAGUUUCAAGAAAGUGAGUACCUUUCGAGUUCUUGUGCUUAGAAGCAUUCUUGGUUUUCGUCUUGGUGGUGCCUACAUCACCUUCAGCAUCCGAUGCCGAAGACGACGUAGACGAUCCAUCAUCUGAAUCCGAAGAAUCCUUGUCGCCGUCGUCGUCGCUCCACGGAAUUGCCCUUUUCAUGAUUCGCCGGAAGUACCUCUAGUGCCAAGAUAACGGCAGAGAGCUGGCCUCAGUGAGCUCCGCCGAUUGGACGAAGGGGAUUUUGUUAGGGUUCGGAACCCGGCAAGGAAAAUUUCGUGGGGAUCUGUCUUGUGUUGACUGGGGAAGCUACCUUGAAAUUACAGUAAAACCCCUGCGAUUUGAACUGGUGAAGUGGAUAGGCGGUGUCGUUUUAAUAGCGCAUUCCCUGACCGAGAAAAAUUGGAAAUUGGGGAUUUUUACGAUUUGAGCGGAAAGGGUUUAAGCGCGCCACUCCGCUUUGGUGGUGGCUUCUCUGUCUCGCCGGAAUCCGCCGUUUCGCCGUCACAAAGUUGCUACUGCUCCCUUACUAUCGAAUACAGUGAUAAAACCGUUGCCCAGAGUGUUUCCUGAGGUGGGUACUUUUUUUAGUUGCCAGAACGUUCGAAUUAAUGGACGUUGAAGAAGGUGUAGGAGAUGGCUCCCUUGUUCUGCUCAAGCAAGGAGCUGAGGCUAAGGUCUUUGAGUUGAAUUUUGUGGGGAGGAGGUCGGUUGUUAAGGAACGGUUCUCGAAGAAGUACAGGCACCCAAUGCUAGAUGCUAAGCUAACUCUCAAGCGAUUGAAUGCUGAAGCUAGAUGCAUGACGAAAGCAAGACGACUCGGAGUUUGCACUCCUGCUCUCUAUGCUGUGGAUCCUGUAUUGCACAGCUUAACAUUCGAGUAUGUGGACGGUCCUGCUGUGAAAGAUGUCCUCCUUGAAUUUGGAUCUAAUGGUAUAGUGGAAGAACGAUUGGACGACAUUGCUGUGCAGAUUGGUGAUGCAAUUGCAAAACUACAUGAUGGCGGGCUUAUCCACGGAGAUUUGACUACCUCAAACAUGCUAAUCAGGAAUGUUGUCAACCAAUUGGUUCUCAUUGAUUUUGGCCUAAGCUUUACAUCAACUCUUCCAGAGGACAAAGCUGUUGAUUUGUAUGUGUUAGAGCGAGCGUUGCUGUCAAUGCAUUCUUCAUGCGGGAAUGUGAUGGAUCGCAUACUUGCUGCAUAUAGGAAGUCUUCAAAGCAGUGGUCAGCAACCUUCAACAAGCUAGCUCAAGUUCGGCAACGGGGUCGUAAACGCACCAUGGUUGGAUAAAGUCGAGAAGUCUUCAUUGUCUAAUUCAUUCUGUACAACCGGAGAAGCAGAGUUCUCUGUGCAACUCGAUUAUAGGUACAGUGAUGGAUUUUAGACUUGAUUAUUUUCUCUCACUGUCCACAGUUGUAUUAUCAUACUUACCAAUGUACUGCAAGUGCAUAUUCGAAUCAGACUGCGUUUGUACCCGUCUUGAUUUGUUACUGGUGGCCUGCGCCACGGGCAGGUGCAUUUGGUGCAACCUAAUUUGCCACAGGCUUAUCAAUAUAGAAGAUUAAUUAUGGCAACAGGUGGUGAUUUUCAGUAUGGUCAGCGGUCCACUUUUCACAGCAGAAAGCAGGCACAGGGUAGUGGGUACAUGAGAAUAUUUACACAAAACAGCGAGGAAAGCUUAUUAUAAGCUUUUUUUUUUUUCCUUUUCUUUUCUUCUUUGCCUCCUUUCCACCAUGGCUGUGGAGUUAUUAUUCUUCUCAUAAUUUACACAUUACACAUUUCCCAC